AUGAUGCCCACUCACAAUGACUAUCAAGUCGGAUGGAUAUGCGCCCUACCUCUCGAGUUCGCAGCCGCCGAGGCCACGCUGGACACCAUCCACGAUACCCUGCCCAACCGACGAGACGACGAAAACACCUACGUUUUCGGCAGCAUCCUCCAGCAUAAUGUCGUGAUCGCGUGCCUGCCAGUCGGUGUUUACGGGACAACCUCAGCUACCUCGGUGGGAAUGCAGAUGAGGGCGAGUUUCCCUUCUCUGCGCUUCUGCUUAUUGGUUGGUGUUGCGGGCGGUGCGCCCGGUCCCCAUGCCGAUAUUCGAUUGGGAGAUGUGGUUGUGAGCAAACCCACCGGGGGAUAUGGUGGGGUCAUACAGUAUGAUUAUGGUAAAGCGGUUGAGGAUGGCGAAUUCGUUCUUACGGGGAUGCUGGAUAAACCGCCCGCGGUGCUGUUAACCGCGCUUGCUAGGCUCCAGGGCAGACAUCACUUGAGGGGGAAUGAUAUUCAUCGGUUCUAUAAAGAAGCCCUGGACAAGUAUGGCCAACUCGCAGAAACGUUUUCCUUUCCCGGACGAGCCGGUGAUGUGCUUUUCGUGCCGGACUAUAGUCACGUAGGGGGCAGCAAUAACGAUUGCGAUAAUUGUGACCAGGACCAAAUCUAUCCUCGUCCACCUCGAUCUUCCAGUCAUCCGCAGGCGUUCUAUGGUCUUGUUGCAUCUGCAAACCGGGUUUUGCGGAGCGCCGCCCGCCGCGAUGCUCUUUCUCGGAGACACGGCAUUCUUUGUUUUGAAAUGGAGGCUGCAGGGCUUAUUGACAUCUUGCCUUGUCUGGUCAUCAGAGGGAUUUGCGACUACUGUGACUCCCACAAGAAUAAACAAUGGCAGGGCUAUGCCUCUAUGACUGCCGCCGCCUAUGCGAAAGAACUCCUUUCUGUCAUCCCAUCGAAUGAAGUUACCCAGACGAAGACCAUCAAGGACGGUCUGAGUAACACGACCAAUACUCCGUCAACUAUACCUUCUGGCGCAAUCCAAACUCCUAGCAAGGAAACUAUCAAAGCACCAUACUCCGAACCGAUCGAUUCAGGCUUUGGUGGGCCAAGCAGUGGCAACAGUCACCAAACUGCUGUUGGGGUUCCUUCAUUCAAACCUCAGAGCGUAGAUCUCCCUGUAGGCAAAGGGUCUCGCUUACUGAUUGGGAUCGAACUUGGAUACGAGUUCUCCACGGCUGCAUGGACGACGACUGAGGACUUCAGAAGCUACAAACUCAAUCUCAUCACGAGAUGGCCAGGUCGGAGUGUAGAAACUCACCAGGUGCCGACAGAGCUAGGGUAUAAAGACGGCGUGGCUUUCUGGGGGUACUCCAUUCCCAACGAUACGCCCCGACUAGUCUUUCUGAGGGCCCUCCACUCUGAUGGAGAGCGCUAUGCGGGCAAGGACCAUGAUGACCGCUCUGCCAGAAAACUUGUAGGCGACUACAUUCUAGGUAUUUAUUGCCAUGUCCGACGUACCAUCCACAAUAGUAGAACGGUUCGUCUGGGUAACCGCAAGGUUCAAGUUGUGUUAGUUGUGCCGUUUUCAUUGCAGUCAAUGGCCAAAGAGGUAACCUCCACAGCGAAACAAGUUUUCUUAAGUGACGAAUCGUUACCCCAAGUCAGCACCGUUUUGAGAUCCAACGCCGCCGCUCUAGGACAGGUUUGCAUGCUUCCGACGCCAUCGCUGGGGGCAUAUGUUAUCUGUGAUAUGUGUGUAAAUUCCACAGAUCUCCACAUUUACAAGUUGACCUCCGUGAACCCCAUGGUCCUAGAAGAAAUCCGUGAUGCAACAGGUGAUUACGCCUUGGCCCCUCUCAUCUGGAAUCCCAGAAUGCGAACUAGUUAUUUGAGCCAAGAGCAGCAGCGAGGGGUCGGGCCGAUCGUCCACGAACUCAUUGAGGAAGUAUGCCGACAAAAGUUGCAACGAAGUUCCGUCCCCGUUGAUUCGAGCGACCUACUACAAGCUGUGAUAACAUUCCGAGAAGACAUUCUCAACCCGCGUUUCGAAGUUGAGAGCCCAACCAGGAAGUAUUAUAUAGAUGUUCGUGGCAUUUUACUCAAGCGGGGAAUUCCGGACGACUACACAUACGAACCCUACAUGUUAAGAGGCCAUAUAUGCCUUACAGACAUGGAAAUCGCAACAGCAUUCGAUUUCGCCUUGGAUGGGGUUAAGGGGUCUAUGGAUUCCCAGAUGAGCUUUCAAGAGGACCUUAAGAUCGAGGGAAUUGUUCUUGCUGGCAGCUGGGGAUCCAAUCCCUACAUUUAUCAACAUAUCGCAUCGCUGUAUACAGACCAGCACUCAAUACCCGUCUGUCAAGAACUAAACAGCCAUUUGUAA